AUGGCAUUGAGCCUGUAAAAUAACCUGUAUAGAAUAUAUAUUUAAAUAGGUAAUAACAAAAGAUUGUAUUCAUGUUAAUUAAUAAUAACUAUUAAGUUGCUAAGAUGCAGUAAAUUAAAUAAGAUCUAAAAAUGGAUUCGCCUAGUGCUUAUGUGGAAAAAAAGCAGAAUCAAUAAAGCAUCUACGGAAAGAUGUCAGAGGUAUUGCACAAAAACUAUUUCACAAUAUAACUUAAUAUAUAUAAGUUAUCUAAGGAAUAAUGA